GCGGUUCGUCCUGCCUCGGGCACCUCCGCCCGCAAGGGAGCCGCGGCUGGUCCCCGGGGAGCUCGGCCGGGAGGGUCAGCUAAAAUAGCUGCUGAGGAGAGGCACCGGAGGAACUACAGGGAUAAGAUGGAGCAGAAAUGAGGAGUAAAAAUAAAGAGUUGGGAGCAGGAGUAUCUAUCUACUUGUGUUGUUGGGGCGACGCUUGAAAGCCCAGAUGAAGAAGAGGAGGGAGGUGAAAAUGAUUCACUUUUUGAGGAACCCAUGGCCUCAAAGGUGCACUAUGAAAUAGUGGGGACUCUUUCUAAACCAGAGAGUACUCAUCCACAUUUUGCAAAGGAAAUAUAUGUAGCCUCUCCUCAAAAUGGACUCUUGAGCCACUUGCUUGAGUGUGAAAUUGUUUUAUAUAACAUCACUGAGGAUGCAAAACAAAUUGAGGAAGCAAUGUGGGCUGCUUCUGCUCUACAUAAGGAAAUAGAGACUUUUACAAAAAGGAAGUUAUUCAUCCUCAUUUCAACAAUAAUGACCUGGGGAAAAAGCAAACCCGCUGACCCUGAAAAUCUUGAGAUUCCUCUUAAUGAUGAAGAUUUUCGCAGAAGAAAAUCUCAUCCUAGCUUUACAGAUUACAUAAAUGCUGAAAAACAAAUUGCAAGACUUGGGAAAACUAACAAAAAAAAGUUUUUAACUUACAUUGUUGCCUCAGGACAUCCGUAUGGAGCUGAGGAAGGACUCUUUCACUACUUUUUUAAGAUGUCUUGGCUUUGUGAGACUCCUGCAAUACCUGUUUUUGGAGAUGGAAACAAUAUUAUUCCAACCAUUCAUAUUCGUGAUUUAGCAGGAGUGUUGCAAAACGUAGCAGAGCACAAGACAGAUAUUCACUAUGUACUUGCAGUAGAUACAUCGAUGCACACACUGGAAGAAUUAGUGAAGUGUAUCAGUAAAAAUAUUGGACCAGGAAAAAUUGAGAAGAUUCCUAAAGAAAAUGCAUUCCUGAGCAAAGAGCUAACACAAAUGCAAUUGGAUAUGUUGUUUGUGGACCUGCGAAUGGAACCUUUCUAUGUGAAAGAGAAUUUCAACAUGAAAUGGGUUGCUGAGGCAGGACUGAUAGAGAACAUUGCACAAGUCAUCAUGGAAUACAAGCAAACUCGAGGAUUAAUGCCUCUCAAAGUUUACAUUCAUGGUCCUCCUGGGUCUGGCAAAUCUACAAUUGCUAAGGAGCUCUGCAAACACUACAAGCUACAUUAUGUUUCGCUAAAUGAUGUGGUUUCUGAAAAAAUUGCAUAUCUGGAGCAAAUUGUGGCUAAAGAAGCUGACAAGGUGGAAGGAAAAACAGAAGAAGGCGAAGGAGAAGGAGAUGAAGAUAAUGAACAGGAGGAGGAUGAAAAUAUAGAAGAAGCAAAGGAAUUCUUAGAUGCAAUAAAAGAAAACAUGGAGCAGAAUAAAGGCCGUCUAGAUGAUGAAUAUCUUGUUAAAAUUAUGAAGGAGAAGCUCAUGUCUAUGCCUUGUAGGAAUCAGGGAUAUGUUUUAGAUGGGUUCCCAGACACCUAUGAACAGGCAGUUGAUCUUUUUAAAGUAAAAGAUGAUGAAGAAGAAGAAGAAGAAGAAGAGGAAGAAGCAAGAGGCAAAAUGCCUAAAUUUAAUCAAAUAAUCAUACCUGAAUUUAUUUUUUCUUUGACUGCACCUGAUGAAUUCCUUAAAGACAGAAUAAUAAAUCUUCCAGAGAGCAAAGUUGCUGGAACUCGUUAUACUGAGGGCCAGUUCCUGCAAAAUCUGAGACGCUUCCGCAAAUUAAAUACCGAUGAUAUCACGGUUCUCAACUAUUUUGAUGAACUUGAAAUACAUCCUCAGUUUAUUGAUAUAGCUGUAUAUGAAGAUUCUGAGAACAGUCUUACUGUACCAAAGAUCAUCAAAGAAAUUGGAGAACCUCGGAAUUAUGGUUUGACAGAUGAAGAAAAGGAGGCUUUGGAACGCCAAGCAGCUGAGGAACGCCUUGUCAAAGAAGCUCAAGAAAAAGCUGAACAAGAGCAUCAAGAAGCUAAGGAAAGGGAAGAAAGAAUGGCAAGAUGGGAAGAGUGGAAUAAACAGCAAGAGGAAGUGAAAAAACAAGAACAAGAGUUAUUGGAGGCCCAGUCUCUUCCACUACGACACUACUUAAUGAAGAAUGUCAUGCCAACACUUAUGCGAGGGAUAAAUGAGUCUUGCAGGAUCAGGCCAGAUGAUCCAGUCGAUUUUCUGGCAGAAUAUAUUUUCAAGAACAGUCCUGACAUCGACUGGAAUAAAAAGUGUUAAAUCCUAGAAGCAAUAGGAAUUGUGAAACAAAAACAGAGAAAAUUCCUAAUACAUUUUACUUAAAAAUACUUAGUUUCUGAUGUUAUUUUUGUUAAGGGUUACUAUGCAAUCUUCAUUUUUAUUUCUCAAACUUUAUUACUAUUUUGUACUGGGUAUUUAAUACUCAUCUCCAUCAUCUCCAUUUAUUGCAUGUAUCGAGUGAUACAUUUACACAUCAGUAUGUUAUUUUCCUAAUCCCAUACAGUCUUCUUGUACUACACUGAAGACUGACUGGUAAACAGUUUCCCAGCACAGGUAUGUCAUAAAGCCUAUUUUACUUUGGUGUUAAACACAUGGCUGUAGAACUCAUUUAAUAAUCUUCAGCAUUCAACACUAGAUACAUAUUUUUUCGAGAUUCUUGAAGAAUCUAGACUUUUCAGCACAUGACUUCAUCCAGCUGUCAAUGGAACUGUAUCUAUACUGACUGAGCUGAAACUGAUUGCACACUUGGUGUACGACUUGGUGGAAAAUACAGGAUUUUCUCAAAAUAGAAGGCAAAGACCCUUUGUACAAAAGAAGGGGGGGGGGGGAAAGUGGAAGAACUGAAAGAACAGUGAUAUAGAAACAUUUUACAGCUAUUUUGUCUGUAACUGAGUACCAGAAUUUUGGAUGUGUUCAUGCCCAAUGUUUUCAUUCAGGUAGUGUUUAUUUUAUAUCUUAUUUAAUGUGUUUUCAAAGUCACACAAAUAAGUCAGGAAUAGAGUUCAGAACCACUAUCUCCAACUCUAAAGAAACACAUGGUUUUGUGAUCUAUACGUCCUAUAUGCGGUCAGCCCAAGUUACUAUUUAUACUGCGAGGCAGUUGAAGGUGAAAUAAUUGGUAGCUUUAGACAAUUUUCUAGUUUCAAAGCGCUAUUUUUCAGAAAAAAGAUGAAACCUGGACACUUGAAAAGAGAGGGCAAACCAGGUUUUCUCUAC